AUGAAUUCCGAAUCGCAGGCCUCCGAGCCGGUCGAAACGGCCUCGUCAGCCGACAAGCCCACGGAUGUGCCCACUCCAAUGCCUGCUGCUGUCCCUACCACUACCGAUGGGUCAGCUUCAGAAGCCACCACCGAAACCCAGCCCGCGACAUCAGAAGCUGCAGCAGCGACCACAAGCACCACAGAAACACCAGCGCCAGCACCAGUAACAACUGAGACUGGGGAGGUACCAGCUGCCCAGUCUGAAACCACAUCUACAGCCGCCUCUGCUGCCCCUGCUGUCGCGGAUAAGGACACGCCGUCUACAGAACAGAAGAACUCAUCGCCCGCUCGCAUGUCUUUGUCUUUUAUCCAGGGUGACGAGCCCAAAAAACCCGAAGCUAACGACCCAGCGCCAUCGGAGGAUGCCACGCCAGCCACCAGCGUCCCCGAAGCUCCUACUGUGGCGCCCAAUGCCGCCGCCAAUGCUGCUGCUGCCAGUGCGGAGACUACUCUUGCAUCAGCUGAACCAGUGACUUCAGAACCCACCGUGUCUGCGCAGGAGUCUACCGCCGCUGCUGUCUCACCUAGCGUCACUGCUCCUGUUGACAACGCUGAUGCUGCUACUGUCGCCGCCGACGACGCUGACGCUCCUGGUAUCAACCCCAAGGAGCCCAAAUCACUACAGAAACAUGCUCACCCCCACCCCCACCCCCACCCUCACAAACACCACCACCACCAUCACCACCAUCACAGAUCGUUCAGAAACCUGAAAUCGAAACAAGAUGUCAACAACAAGGACGUGUACUCUUUUGUUAAGGCCACCCCAUUCCCCAAAACCGAUCUGGGAGUGCUCGAGUACACCACUAAUCUGGACACGUGCCUUCAGGGAGUUCUUCUUCCUAACCUGCAGCUCCACGUCGACUGUACUAUUCAAGUAUUGAUCCCGCGAAAACAUCUGCGAAAGGAAUCAAACAUACUCGUGCAGAGAAGAGAAAUCUGGGGAACAGACAUCUACACAGAUGACUCGGAUAUUGUGUCUGUUUUGUAUCACACGGGUGUCCUCCCAACCAGGGCCCAGGUAGACGCAUUCUACAGCACUCUACGUGCCCAGGAAGAAGGUGAUGCUGACGACACCACAGACGGACAUCUUGAGGAUGAGCAUCCCGUGACUGUUGGACCCAACUCGCAUCUCGUGACAUCAACUUCUGACAACGAGCAGAUUUAUGGAGACUGUCUCGUUACGCUCAGAGCUCUUCCCAAGCUGACAGAGUACACUGGCUGCUACAGAAACGGAAUCAACUCCCGGUCUUGGAAGCAUCAUGAUGGAGGCUCCUACGCCAUUCAAAAGGUUGAAUUCCUGAAACAUGACCAGGCUGAAUACGUGCUAAGACGUAACAAGCGAUCAAGACUCAACACCUGGUCCGAUCAGCAAAAGUGGGCUGAGUGGAGUUCUCACAAGGAGGUUGUGUUGGACUUUAAGGACGACCAAAAGGGCAAGAAGGCUACUGUUGAGAGUCUGAUGUCGUAG